GAAGUAGGCCGCUGUUUUCCUUUUUUUAACGGUUGAAAAAGAAUCUUGGAGGAAACCAUGGACCAAGAAGAGGUGGAGAUAGAUGAUUCUCUGUAUAGUCGACAGCGCUAUGUCUUAGGUGACUCUGCAAUGAAACAAAUGGCAAACUCUGCUAUCCUUAUCUACAGCAUGGGAGGUUUAGGAAUUGAAAUUGCCAAGAACAUUGCCUUAGCUGGAGUAAAGAAUCUGACCAUCCAGGAUUGUAAACUGGCCGAGAUUCAGGACCUGGGGACACAGUUCUUUUUGAGAGAGGAAGAUGUCGGCAAAAACAGAGCUGAAGCCAGCAGCAGUAGAUUGGCAGAACUGAACCCCUAUGUGUCUCUGUCUGCCUUGAAAACAGGACUAGAUUGUGAUUCAGAUCUGUCGUAUCUGGCUAGAUAUCAGUGUGUGAUAUUGACAGAGGCACCAUUGAAAGUCCAGAUUUGUGUGAACAACUUCUGCAGACAACAGACCCCUCAAAUAAAAUUUAUAUCGGCCGACGUGUUUGGAGUGUGUUGUGGGGCUUUUUGUGACUUUGGUGAUAAUUUUGAAAUCAUUGAUUUGGACGGGGAGGAACCAAAAGAGAUUUUCAUUGAGAAAAUAAGCAAGGGAAAACCUGGUGUUGUUUCAUGUUUUAAGAACAAAAUGCAUGGAUUUGACACUGGUGAUCAUGUGACAUUUAGAGAAAUAAAUGGAAUGACCGCCCUUAAUGGUUGGACUUGUCAAAUAAAAGUGUUGUCCCCAUACACGUUUGAAAUCUGUGACACAACAGGAGAAGAAUUCGCUCCCUAUAAACAUGGUGGUAUUGCUCGUCAGGUCAAAGUGUCCCAGAAUGCCUCGUUUAAAUCUCUGGAACAAGAAAUUCUGAACCCUUCCCUGCUGAUUCCAGAUCUGUGUAGGUUUGAAGCACCUGCUAAUAUUCAUUUAGGUUUUCUAGCUCUCCAUAGAUUUAAUGAAAAGUUCAAGAGAUUCCCUAAAGCUUGGUGUGUGGAGGAUUCAAGUAAUCUUGUAUCUCUUGCUAAAGGACUCAACACAGAACUCACCAACAAGGUAACAACAAUAGACGAGGAUCUCCUCAAUGUUCUGUCGUACACAAACACCGGAUGUCUGUCACCGCUGUGUGCGGCUCUUGGGGGAUUCGUGGCACAGGAAGGAAUCAAGGCAGUGACAGGCAAAUUUACACCACUCAAACAGUGGCUGUACUUGGAUUGUAGAGAUGUAAUAAACAAAGAAGAGGCAGCCACACCAGACAUGUUUACACCAAGACAUGACAGAUAUGAUGCUCAAAGAAUCUGUUUGGGACAGAGGAAAUGUGAAGAGUUGGCCAAGCUGAGACUUUUCAUGGUGGGAUGCGGUGCUAUUGGGUGUGAAAUGUUGAAGAAUUACGCUCUGCUGGGGAUAGGCCAGAAAGACAGAGGAUGUAUAACCAUUACAGACAACGAUCUGAUUGAAAAAUCCAACCUCAACCGUCAGUUUCUUUUCAGACCUUCUGAUAUACAGAAACCCAAAAGUACCACUGCAGCUGUUGCUGUUCUGCAGAUAAAUCCAGAGCUGAAUAUAGAGGCACAACAACAGAAAGUGUGUCCACAGACAGAAGACAGGUUUUAUAACGACGCCUUCUUUGAGAACCAGGAUGUUGUGGUGAAUGCCCUUGACAAUAUCGAGGCUCGACGCUAUGUGGACAGUCGGUGUGUGACCAAUCAAAGAGCGUUGUUGGAGAGUGGAACCCUGGGAACUAAAGGUCACGUACAGGUCAUCAUACCUCAUCUCACCGAGUCCUACAGCAGUCAGAGUGACCCGAGUGACGAGAGUGUUCCCUACUGCACCUUGAAGUCAUUUCCUGCUAAUAUUGAACACUGCAUACAGUGGGCGCGAGACAAGUUUGAGAGCUCCUUUGCCGUGAAGCCGGACUUGUUCAAUAAAUUUUGGAAACAGAAUGGACAAGUGACUGAAGUUAUUCAAAAAUUGAAGAAUGGACAAUCACUAGAUGGCGCUGUCCAGGUUAGCAAAAUGGCUGCCAACAGGAGGGCCACCUGGUGCCAAUGUGUACAGCUAGCUCGCCUCAAGUUUCAGAAAUACUUUAACCACAAGGCAAAACAUCUCCUUCAUGUGUUUCCUCUGGACACAAAGAUGCAAGAUGGCUCUCUAUUUUGGCAAUCUCCCAAGCGGCCUCCGAUUCCUCAGGAAUUCAACAUUCAAAACCCUGUACAUUUCCAGUUUGUUGUAAGCACAGCUCGACUUUAUGCUGGAGUCUUCAACAUUCCAGUCAGCUCCGAGGAUACAUCAAUUACAACUAUAAACUCAGUCAUAGAAAGCAUGGACAUUCCUGACUACCGACCAACAAAUAAAAGAAUUCUGACCGAUGAAUCUGUCUCUAAACCAAUGGACGACACAACAGGAAGUGGGGAUGAUUUACUGGACGCCGCUAAUCGCCUGCAGGCGUCACUUAAUGAGGACAAGGUCACACACGUGCUGAGUCCAAUGAAUCCCGUCGAGUUUGAGAAAGAUGAUGACACCAAUGGUCACAUAGACUUUAUAUCUACAGCAGCGAACUUACGAGGAGCUAUGUACAACAUUGAGAGCAUUGAUAGACUGCAAGCCAAGAGAAUAGCUGGUAGAAUUGUUCCUGCCAUAGCCACUACCACGGCGACUGUCAGUGGAUUGGUCACCAUAGAGCUGAUUAAGCUGUUGGACAAAUUACCCCUGGAGGUGUAUAAGAAUGCCUUCCUUAACCUUGCUCUUCCAGUAAUUGUACUGUCUGAGCCAGGACCGGUGGAGAAAACUGUGAUAAAAGAGGGACUGACAACAACCAUGUGGGACCGGUGGGAGGUUCACGGAACAGCCGAUUUUACACUCCAGCAAUUCCUUCAAUACUUUAAGGAUAAAUACGGGUUAGAGGUCACAAUGGUCAGUCACGGAGUGAAGAUGGUGUAUGUACCGUUUAUGCCAGGCCACAAAAAACGUCUGCCACAACAAAUGGUGAAGUUGUUAAAACCUUCUUCAGGACAGCUGUAUAUGGACCUGAUCAUUAAUUUAGAAGGAAAUGAGGACGACGACAUUGCCUGUCCGCCCGUUCGGUAUUACUUCGGGGUUUAACGACGGCUGAUUAUAGGACCAUCUUCUAGUGCUAUUACAGGACUUCUUUAUUUAUAUAUGGUUUUAUAAACUGGAUGACAAUAUAUAUGUUAUUCAUAUGUUUUGUUUGUGAAAAAAAUGUUAGCUGUGAAUGAAAUACAUGUAUAUCUGUAUUCAGCAGAGAGAGAGAGAGAGAGAGAGAGAGAGAGAGAACUGUCUAUAUAUAGGAAGAAUAGAUGUACAUUUAUCUUGAUAAUUGAUGAGGUUUUCAUAUUUUGUUUACCUACAUUGCCGUCUGUUAUACACAUAUAUAAUUUACAAUAAUUGUCAGUGUAUUGAAAUGAUAAGGUUGAUGGGUGA